ACGCAUCCUUAUCACCUGCAUGACACAACGAUUGGGUACAGCGCUUCAGCAUAGGAUCAGUCUAUGCAGUUAGCCAAUCAGCGUUGACAAGGGAUACGAUCCCAUCUGCGGCGGAAGGUGUUUUGAGAUGGAUAAAUGCCCAUCAAUGCCCAUCAUUCGAAGGGCAGAGGAUCUGGAUCUUCCCAUCGCACUCUUUGCAAGUCGUCUUCUACUCCCAGGCUGUGCCUACCUUUAUUGCUUUAAUCUACUUCAGUGCUGUGCACUAAUCGCAACAACAACAAAAAAUCAUACUAUUCCAAGCAACAAUAAUACACAUCUGACAACAUGCGAUCAACAAUCAUCCUCGCCACUUUGGCUAUUUCUGCCUUUGCCGCACCAGUUCAGAACGCUGAGAGCCGAUCAGCAGCUCCCCUAGAGUCAAACUUCGAAGCCCGCCUUGCCGAGCCAUGGACCAGGAAAGGAAGCGUCCGACGAUCUGCUUCACCCGAGCCUUACGUCAGGGGAGGGCACAAGCGUGAGGCGUACGUCCGGGGGGGACACAAGCGUGAUGCUGAAGACGAGGAAGAAGCCGAUGUUGAUGGACUCGUCACUCGGUACGUCAGGGGAGGGCACAAGCGCGAGGUUGAGGAAGAGGACGAGGAGCUCGAAGCCCGCUACGUACGCGGAGGUCACAAGCGCGAGGCCGAGCCCUACGUACGCGGAGGACACAAGCGCGAGGCCGAGCCCUACGUUCGUGGAGGACACAAGCGUGAGGCUGAACCCUACACUCGCGGAGGUCACAAGCGUGACGUCGAAGAUGAUGAGGAGGAGCUCGAAGCCCGCUACGUACGCGGAGGACACAAGCGCGAGGCCGAGCCCUACGUUCGUGGAGGACACAAGCGUGAGGCUGAACCCUACACUCGCGGAGGUCACAAGCGUGACGUCGAAGAUGAUGAGGAGGAGCUCGAAGCCCGCUACGUACGCGGAGGUCACAAGCGCGAGGCCGAGCCGUACGUUCGUGGAGGUCACAAGCGCGAGGCCGAGGAAGAGGACGAGGAGCUCGAAGCCCGCUACGUACGCGGAGGUCACAAGCGUGAGGCCGAGCCCUACGUUCGUGGAGGUCACAAGCGCGAGGCCGAAGCUCGCCCCGAGCCGUACGUUCGUGGAGGACACAAGCGCUCAACCUGGGCUAGCGGACUCAUCGAGGCUUUGAAGGCUCGUGGCUUCAGCAGCGCUACCCUCCAGAACGCUCACUGAACGCCACGUAUCAAUUAGCCAUGAUUCUUCUCCGUUUCCAACACCUUCCCUGGAGUCCAACGUAUGUUAUUACCGUCACUUCAUCUCGUAAUAGUUUGUUGUUUUAUUGUACAUGCUUGGGAGGACAAGACCCUUCGCCGAAGAGGGCGAUGCGGAUGCCGAA